CCACAAAGCGCCCAUCUGACGCGUGCGUGUGCUGCAUACGCGUACGCUCAUUCACCACCACCACAAUCUACUUCCUCGUCGACUGUUACAAUACUCAUUAUGGCGUCGGCGUCGGUAUACCGUGGAGCUGGCUUUGACUUUUCAAACACUGUACGAAACAACUUCCUUGAGCAGCGGGGUGUUCCACUCCCCAAAGCUACCAGUACAGGAACAACGAUCGUCGGCUGUUUGUUCAAGGACGGAAUAGUGCUCGGUGCGGAUACGCGUGCGACAGAGGGCCCCAUUGUCGCAGACAAAAACUGCGAGAAGAUUCAUUACAUCUCAGACAACAUUCGAUGCUGUGGUGCAGGAACAGCAGCGGAUACUGAGUUCACAACUGCACUCAUCGCCUCGAAUAUGGAGAUGCACGCACUAUCGACCGGCCGGAAGCCGCGGGUAGUGACUGCUAUGACCAUGCUUAAGCAGAUGCUCUACCGGUACCAAGGGCACAUCGGUGCUGCACUCGUCCUAGGUGGCGUGGACAUCAACGGUCCCCAUCUGUUCACCAUCCACCCGCACGGCUCGACAGACAAGCUGCCCUAUGUGACGAUGGGCUCGGGCAGCCUUGCCGCGAUGGCUGUCUUUGAAGCGGGAUGGAAGCCCAACAUGGAGCGGCAAGAAGCGCUCGAUCUCGUCACUGCUGCUAUUUCGGCGGGUAUCUUCAAUGACCUCGGCUCGGGUUCAAAUGUCGACGCGUGCGUGAUCACCGCGGAGAGAACUGAAAUGCUCCGCAAUUUCGUGAAGCCUAACGAGCGCGUCGAGAAGGAGCGUCACUACGUCUUCCGCCGCGGUACUACCGCUAUCAAGUCCGAGACGGUGCGCAGUCUCCUCGUCGAGGAGACCGUGACGCAUACGGGCGAGGCAAUGGACACCAGCUAGAUAACAAGAGCACGAUCGGACAUGUACAUUAAUCUUCGUUUGUAUGCAAGCACGGCUUCAGGCGUACGUGCCCUGCCACAAGUUGCAACUUACGCGGACCUGA